CUCAACUUCAGCAAACUGGGAUUGUGAGAAUUUUCCAAAAGUUUGUAUCUUUUUACCAUAACAUUUCUAGUAAAAGCUACUGUUUUCUAACUAUUUUUAUUCUUUGCAAUUAAAGAUACAAUCUAUUUGUAGUUUUCCAUCUGGGUUUCUUCCAAUUUCAACUUUUGGUAACUGGGUAAUUGAAAUUGUGAGAAUCUGGCAAAAAGCAAUUCUUUUUUAGCACUUAAAGAUCCAACAACAAUGCACGGUUACAGUCGUUUGGGACGGCCAACUGGAACCAUCUCGCCGUCCCCUUCACCGCCUUCUUCCCCACGAUUUCGUCGGAAUAAAGGGAGUGGUGGUGGGAGCAGUUUUCGAGGGGGUGGUGGGGUAGAUGUGAAGAUGCAGAGCUUUGUCGAAAGGUGGGUUUAUGUGGUGAUGUCGGCUGUGUAUAGGCGGAGACGGGUUUUAUUGUUUGCACCACUUCUUUAUAUUUCUGCAAUGUUAUUGUAUAUGGGUACAAUGGGCUUUGAUGUUGGUAUUAUUACUAAAACCAAUGUUGGAAGAUCUGGUAAAGCAGCUCCUUUAGGGUCUCUCUAUCAAAGUCCUCAAGUUUUCCAGCAUUUGUGGCGGUAUAUGGAAGCGGAGAGUAAUCAUACCAAUAAUGACUUGAUGACAAAUGUAUGGAACACGAAGUCACGUCAAUCAUGGAAGCCUUGUAUCAAUCUUCAGAACACUCAAUCAGCAGAACUGCCAAAAUCAAAUGGAUUCCUCAUAAUUGAAGCGAAUGGAGGGCUGAAUCAACAAAGAUUAUCGAUAUGUGAUGCAGUGGCGGUGGCAGGGUUGCUGAAUGCUACACUUGUCAUUCCAAUAUUUCAUCUGAACAGCGUCUGGCGCGACUCAAGCAAGUUCGGGGAUAUAUUUGAUGAGGAGUUUUUUAUAUAUGCAUUAAGAAAUCAUGUGAAUGUGGUUAGAGAAUUACCGAAAGAUGUGCUCGAGCGUUUUGACAACAAUAUAAGCAACAUUGUGAACUUGAGAGUAAAAGGUUGGUCAAGUCCAACUUACUACCUUCAAAAGGUCUUGCCAAAGCUUGUGGAGUUGGGGGCAGUGCGUAUUGCGCCAUUCUCUAACAGGUUGGCUCAUGAUGUUCCUUCAGAUAUCCAAGGGCUUAGAUGUUUAUCGAAUUUUGGGGCACUUAGGUUUUCAGAACCUAUACGCACCCUUGCAGCAAAAAUGGUCGAUAGGAUGAUCCAAAAUAGUUCUAACAGUGGUGGAAAAUAUAUUUCAGUCCAUCUCCGUUUUGAAGAGGAUAUGGUUGCAUUUUCUUGUUGUGUAUAUGAUGGUGGCGAGGAAGAACAACGUGAGAUGGAUAUUGCUCGUGAAAGAAGUUGGAGAGGAAAGUUUCGGAAAAAGAAUCGGAUUAUAAGACCAGGUGCAAUUAGGAUGGACGGAAAAUGCCCUUUAACUCCCCUUGAGGUUGGAAUGAUGCUUAGGGGCAUGGGCUUUGAUAACAAUACAUCGGUAUAUGUUGCAGCAGGCAAAAUUUACAAAGCAGAUAAAUAUAUGGCACCACUUAAACAAAUGUUUCCACGAUUAGAAACCAAGGAUACAUUAGCUUCACCAGAGGAGCUUGCUCCAUUUAUGGGGUACUCGUCUAGGUUGGCUGCUCUUGAUUAUACGAUAUGUCUCUACAGUGAGGCUUUCGUGACUACUCAGGGAGGAAAUUUCCCACACUUUUUAAUUGGUCAUAGACGUUUUUCCUAUGAAGGACAUGCCAAAACAAUAACACCUGACAAGAGAAAGUUGGCUCAAUUGUUUGACAGCCCCCAUAUCAGAUGGGAGAGCUUUCAGCGACAGUUGCGGGAAAUGCUUCAUCAUAGUGAUGUAAAGGGGAGUGAAGUGAGGAAACCAAGUGCCUCACUUUUUACAUACCCCAUGCCAGAUUGCAUGUGUAAGCAAGCAGCUACCAAAAACUCAACAAAAUUACGAUGAUAGAGUGUACUUACACAGGUAUAUAUGUAUAUGGUCACCAGCUUAUACUAAAUGAUUAAAACCAAAUGAGUACAGUUCAUUUACACGUGUAGUUAGCCAUAGGUUUUAUCUUUUUCGAUAUGUUUUUAGCCGAGGUUUAUUGAGUUGUAUAUACUAAAGUGACUUGCAAGUGAAUUGCACUCAAGUUUUGUUUCUA